AUGGCGAGUCUCGCAACUGUUCGCGACGCUUUGCUUAUUUCUCGUUACCAAAACAUAAUCGAUGACGUGGAAUUCGCUCUUCUUUACGAUGAAAGUUCGUCAAGACUGACGUUCCCAUAUUCUAAGUUUGAGCGUUUUGACAUUGACGCUUGGGACGAGUCUGAAUGCCGGACCGAGUUGAGGUUUGGCAAGCAAGACCUCGAUUUGCUUUGUAGGAAUUUGCAAAUUCCUGACGAAAUAGUGUGUUCUCAAAGGUCUGUAUGCGAUGGAAUGGAGGCAAUGUGCAUUUUACUGAAAAGACUUGCCUACCCGUGUCGGUACACU